AUGGCGUCAACAACGGGUAGAGCUGAAAGUUACAAUCCAGACAUUGAGCAAUAUGAAUCAUACAGAGAAAGAAUGGAUUAUUACUUCGUGGCUAAUGACAUAAGUGAUGAAAGGAAGAAAGUGGCUGUUUCUGAGCUGACAUUGAAAGAGGUCGAUGAGGCGCUGAAGGAGCAUUACAACCCUAAACCACCAGUCAUGCUAGAGAGAUACAAGUUCUAUCAGAGGAAUCAGAGGGCUGAUGAGAAUAUCGCUACAUACUACGCCGAGUUGAAGAAAAUGGCGGAAACAUGCGAUUUUAGCACCUUCAGAAAGGAAGCACUUCGAGACAGAUUCGUGUGCGGGUUAGCAGAGGAGAGCGUUGAGAGGCGUCUUAUGUCCGAAGAUGACAUCACUAUCGAGAAAGCGGUGAAGCUGGCUACAAGCAUGGAAGCUGCCAUGGUACACCACAAGAUAAAGAAGGCAAUAGCAGAUAGUGAGGUCUUUGAUAGCAGUGUAGGAAGAAUAAAAGGGCAGGCCAAACUGAAAGUGAAAAGUGAUGCGGAACCAAGGUUCUUCAAGCCCAGACCUAUUCCCUUCGCGAUAAAAGACAAAGUGGCAGAAGAGAUUGAUAGGUUAGUGAAAAAAGGGGUACUAGAGCCUGUAGAGUUUUCCGAUUGGGCUGCUCCUGUAGUACCGGUACAGAAACCAGAUGGUAAGAUAAGGUUGUGUGGAGACUAUAAAAUUACAGUCAAUCCACAGUUAGAAGUGAAAGAGUAUCCAAUGCCAAGACCUGAAGAGUUGUUUGCUAGCCUACAAGGGGGAAAGAAGUUCACAAAACUUGACUUGAAGAAUGCAUAUCAACAAGUAGACUUAGAAGAGAAAUCUAGACAAUAUGUCACAAUUAACACACAUCUAGGUUUAUACAGGUAUACACGGUUACCGUUUGGGGUGAGUUCAGCUCCUGCCAUAUUCCAGGAAUGCAUGGACAAGAUUCUCCAUGGUCUUAAGGGAGUAGGAUGUUAUUUGGAUAACAUCAUAGUCACAGGUUCAAGUGACAAGGAACAUGCAUCCAACUUAGAGAGUGUGUUGAAGAGGUUGAGUCAGUUUGGACUACGGUUGAAGAGAUCCAAGUGUGCAUUCAUGCAGGAUUCGGUGGAGUAUUUAGGUCAUGUGGUAGAUGCAGGAGGGUUGCAUCCUUCACCAUCGCGCGUUGAAGCCAUUGCGUCGGCAAGCCCACCCAAAGAUGCGUCAGAGGUACAGUCUUUUACUGGGCUAAUCAAUUACUAUCGGAAAUUUAUUCCGAAUCUGGCAUCCAUCUUGAAACCUAUUGAUGGGUUAAAGAAGAAGCAGGUGUUCGAGUGGACUACUGAAUGUCAGAAGGUCUUUGACUUGGUGAAGAAGAUACUGAGCUCCAGCAAGAUACUGGUCUAUUUCGAUCCAAGCAAAGAGGUGACAUUGGCGGUGGACGCAUCACCAUAUGGGAUAGGUGCGGUCAUUUCCCAUGUGACAGAAGAGGGGGACAAACCGAUUGCGUAUGCGUCUAGGAAGUUGACAAAGGCAGAAAUGAACUACUCUCAGUUGGAGAAGGAAGCUCUAGCUAUUGUGUAUGGUGUGAGGUAUUUUCAUCAGUAUCUUUGUGGUAGGAAGUUUAUGCUUCUUACGGACCACAAACCAUUGACAUUUCUACUUGGACCCAAGAAGGGGAUUCCGGUCCUAGCGGACUCAAGGCUGCAACGCUGGGCAAUUUUGCUUUCAGGAUACGUGUAUGAUAUAAAAUAUCGGACAUCCCAGCAGAAUGCCAAUGCAGAUUUCCUAUCACGUCUGCCUGGUUCAGGAAAGGUGGAGAGCGAGGAGGAUGAGUUUGUAGUGAAGUGGACUGAAGAAGCUACACAGAUGAAUGAGACACAGUUGAAGUCACUGCCGGUGACAGCUGAUAGAGUGCGGAGAGCUACGGACACUGAUAGGGUGUUGCCAAAGGUUAGAUUCUUUGUUCAGAAUGGAUGGCCUUGCAGGGACGAGAUCUCACCAGAGUUGCAGGUUUGGCUGAGGAAGAAAGAUGAGAUGACAGUAGAAAGUGGUUGCUUGCUUUGGGGAAUUCGUGUGAUCAUUCCAGAUGGUUUGCAGCAACAUAUUUUGGAAGAGCUCCAUAGAGGCCAUCAGGGGAUGGUGAGGAUGAAGAGUCUUGCCAGAAUGCAUGUCUAUUGGCCAGGUCUAGAUCAGGAUAUUGAACGCUUAGUACAGGCUUGUUCAUCUUGCCAAACCAUGCAGACCUUACCACCAGCAGCACCGGUGAAUCCGUGGGCAUGGCCAGCCAUGGCAUAG